AUGGCUACCCCAAGUGUCCUCGCUUUUGACACUGAGGGUCGCGCCAUUGACUUUGAGGUCUGGGUCGACGAUUUGCAGCUGUUCUUGCAGUGCGAUAGAGCAGACGGCCUUUCUCUCUUUGACCUCACUUCUGGCGCCUCUCCUGCCCCUGCUGCUGAUGCUGAUCCCACUGUGCGCUCUCAAUGGGCUACCCGCGAUGCUGCUGCACGUCUUGCUGUGCGUCGCCACCUCCCUACCUCCGAGCGCGCGCACUUUAGUCACUACAAGAGUGCUCAGACCUUGUACGACGCUGUAGUUGCGCGCUACUCUUCCCCUGCCACUGCUGCAAUGAGCCGUCUCAUUCUUCCCUACCUCUUUCCUGACCUCUCUGCCUUUCCCACUGUCGCUGACCUCAUUACGCACCUCCGCACUAGUGACACUCGCUACCGCGCCGCCCUUCCUGCUGAGUUCUGCGCCAAGAACCCCCCCCCCAUGUACAUCACUCUCUACUACGUAGUCGCGCGCCUCCCUGACUCUCUUCGCGUAGUCAGGGACCACUUUCUCGCAGUCUGUCCCACCACCCUCACUGUCGACCUCCUCGAGAAGGCCCUCCUCGCGGCGGAGAAGAGCAUCCUCGCUGUAGGAGCUUCUCGGGGUGACCCUCGCACCCCCAUCUUUGAGGGGUGCUCUCCUUCCCCCCUACUGCCCUCUGUUGCCUCUGCUGCUGCUGCCGACCUGCUUGGUCUUGAGGCGCGGGUGGAGCUGGAGGGGGCGGUGGAGGUGGCGGUGGAGGCGGCGGAGGGGAGUGGGGGUGGCGGCGGGAGUGGUGGAGGGGGUGGCAGUGGUAGUGGUGGCAGCGGCGGCGGAGGCGGCGGAGGUGGCAGCAGCGGUGGUGGUGGCGGCAGCGGUGGCGGUGGAGGCGGUGGAGGGGGCGGAGGAGGAGGCGGUGGUGGCGGAGGGGGUGGAGCUGGUCGGGGUGGUACCCAGCAGCGGAGCGGCGGUCGUGGUGGGCUGGUGUAG